CGUCAUCAGGUAGAGCUUCAUGUAGGGUGAGCCAGAAGUCCACCUUGGCGGCGCUAUCAUUGGGUGAGUUUCUUGGAUGCAUAUUGCAUCCGGCCAUGAUCUGGUUUCCGGGCACCUGAGCAUGUCCCAUAUGGCGUCCUUCUUAGGUGUCGUUGCUUGGAUAAGGCCGUUGACAUUCAACGAGCGUAUGUCAAUAUCUGCUUUUUCUAACUUUGACAGCCAAUGGGGCUUCCUCCUAAUAGGGGGGAUCGUCACUGGUGGUGGGGGGCAUUGGGCGGGGGGGGGGGGGGGGGGGGGGGGGCAUCGGGCCGGGAGGGCGGUCUGGGUCAGGCGUCGCAGUGCAGUGGCGGGUGAUGGGGUGUGUAGACAAAGCAGCAGCCGGGUCAGCAAUGUGCUGCGGCCUAUCAGGAGAACAAGACGGUCGGUGGGUUGUCGAGGACUAUGACAUUGCGUUGUUUGUGGCACCUCGUCUGGGGCCGAGGUGUCCAUGUCUUGUACGUUCUGUGCAUCCACAAUGUGAGGCGAGGGGUCCUGUGCCGCUAUCUGGGGGCAUUGCAGUGUGUGGCUCUGCUGUUGUUGUUGUUUCUGCAUUUCCAUCUCAUGCUGCCAAAAUUGUUGUAGAUGCUGCUGCUGUUGCUGCAAGAUAUAUUCCUGUUGGCAGCAGAGCUGCUGUUGCCACUGCAGAUGCAGUUGCUGCAAUAUUUGCUGCUGGUGCAAGACCCUAUGCUAAUGCUGCUGAUGGUGGUACUGUGCCAGCUGUGCUUGCAGAAGGAGGCCUAGCUGGUCAGCACAGUCUGAGCUAUGUUGCACCUGUUCGUGCUCCGCAUGUUGCUGCACGUUUUGCACGGUCUGCUGCAGCGGAUGCAACUGUUGGUGCUGGUGGUGCAACACCACUUCGUGCACCUGUUCGUGCCCCGCAUGUUGCUGCACGUUUUGCAUGGUCUGUUGCAACGGAUGCAACUGGUGUUGCUGGUGGUGCAACACCACUUCAUGCACAUGUUCGUGCCCCGCAUGUUGCUGCACCUGUUCGUGCCCUGCAUGUUGCUGCACGUUUUGCACGGUCUGUUGCAAUGGAUGCAACUGUUGUUGCUGGUGGUGCAACACCACUUCAUGCACCUGUUCGUGCCCCGCGUGUUGCUGCACGUUUUGCACGGUUUGCUGCAGCGGAUGCAACUGCUGUUGCUGGUGGUGCAACACCACUUCGUGCACCGCAUGUUGCUGCAAGUUUUGCACGGUCUGUUGCAGCGGAUGCAACUGUUGUUGCGGGUGGUGCACCACCACUUCUUGGAGAUGUGGGGCUGCCAUCAUCUGGACCUGUUGUUGUUGAUGCAGCUGAUGUUGCUGUUGUUGAUGUGUCAGCGUUUGUUCUUGCUAGGCUGCCUGCUGAAGAUGUUGUAGGUGCUGCGGUUGCUGCAUUGCAUGCAGUUGGAGUUGUGAGUCUGGUUGGUGCUCCAUCUGCUGCUAGUGGUCCAGAACUGGGUGCUGGUGUUGCUGCAUCAGGACGUUUUGUGGCUGCAACGUCGUGUGCAGCACCUGCAGUUGGGGUUGCUGGAGUGGCUGUUGGGAGCCUGGCUGUGGCAGCCUCGGGCAUUGCUGUUGUGAGGAAUAAUCCUCAGGCUUAAUGUCUUGUACAUGUUGGGGUGGCUGGUGCUGCGGUCGCUGCGUUGAUUGCAGUUGGAGUUGUGAGAGCUGCAUGUGCUC